GAGGAUCACCCGCCUUUUAUGCAAAUGAAAUAUAAUGCCGACUCAUUGUCUUUAUCACUGGCAUCGUACUUCCCUCAAGUGUGGGGCGGGCUUUGAAAAGAAGAAACAGAUCCAAUUUCGGUCCUUUGUGACAGGCGACGGCUUGGAUUGCCUGCUUGUGACAAAGAUCCAUUAUGGAUGAAAAUGUGAAAGCAGAUGUAGAUGGAGGGAAGGAUGAAAUGUCUGCAAAACGAAGUAGUAAAGAUGUGGAAAACAUUCAAUUGGAGGAGAAAGAGAAGACAGUAGGAGAAAAAGACCAGCUACUGAAUGAUGAUGAAAAGGAGGGCAAGCAAAAAGAAGAAAAUGAUGACAUUUUGAAAGAAUCACCAAUGAAUAAGGCAUUUUGUAUAUCAAAAUACAUAACAUUUUGGUGGAUGAACAGCCUAUUCUCUAUUGGAAGCAAAAAGCCUUUGCAAGCAAAUGAUUUACCAAAAACCCCUUACAAUGAUACUUGUGACCCAAUCAAUGAGCAGUUUGAAAGGGAAUGGGAGAAAGAAUCCCUUGAUAGUGAUGGCAACCAGAAAACAGAUGCAAGCUUGCUGAAAGUUUUUUGGAGAUGUUUUGGCUGGCAAUAUGCUUCCUUGGGCAUUUUAGUCAUAAUGAGUGAAGGAUUGCGUAUAACACAGCCUGUUUUCCUUGGUUUAGUUGUAAGAUAUUUUGAGCCAAAUUCUUCAGUUACCAAAACGAAUGCAUACCUCUAUGCUUUGGCAAUGCUUCUAUGCUCGAUGGGUAUCACAUUGAACAAUGUCCCAUUAAACUUUAUGCGACAACGUAUUGGCAUGAGAGCAAGAAUUGCAGCUACCACGCUUAUUUAUAAGAAGAUCCUGAAGCUGAGUAACACUAGCCUGGCCUCGACAACAACCGGAUACAUUGUCAAUCUCGUGUCUUCAGAUGCCCAGAAACUAGAUUUUGCAUGUUUCUUCCUACAUUACCUUUUUGUCGGACCCAUCGAAAUUGCCGCCGUCGCAUUCCUUUUGUACAGGGAAAUUGGCUGGCCUUGCUUUGUUGGUAUCGGGCUGUUGCUGCUCUUGGCUCCUGCGCAGAUGUUCAUGGGCCGUCUUUUAUUCAGAUUUAGGCGCAAAAUUAUGAAGUACACAGACGAAAGAGUCAAAAUAAUGAACGAAGUUAUAUCUGGAAUGAAAGUUAUCAAAUUGUACACAUGGGAAGACUCCUUUGCAGAACUUAUUGGCAAUUUAAGACGGAAAGAAAUAAAAGCCAUCUUGAAUCUUUCCAAUCUUCGUGCUGGCUUCAUGUCAUUCUUCUUUAGCUCCUCCGCCUUCAUCAGCUUCUUCACAUUCAUGACGUAUGCAUUAACUGGACACUAUCUCACGCCCCAGAAGGUAUUCACCUGCAUUGCCCUAUUCAAUUCGGCAAGGAUGGUAAUGACUCUCUACUUUCCAAUUGGAAUCACGCUUCUCAACGAAGCGCGGGUAUCCGCAGAAAGAAUGCAGAAACUGCUGUUCAUGGAAGAUUUGAAAAAGCCUGGCAGUUCCAAUCUUAGGCCUAAACCAGCAGAUUGUAGAGUUGAUGUCGAAAAUCUCACUGCAUCUUGGACAGAGGGCGCUACCACUUUGGAAGAUAUCAAUAUGAAAGUUGAAGCUGGGAAGUUAUGCGCAAUUGUUGGACCGGUGGGAUGUGGAAAG